AACUUGGUCUGCAAAGGGUGGAGCUCACGGAUCAUUGGAAAGUUUUGAAGGGUGUGAGUCAUAUUGCUGAAGGCGGAACUUUUGAGCCAGACUAUUUAUGUGAUGGCACAAGAUGCUGUUAUUUACAGCAGUGAACUGAGCAUUAGUCAUAAAUUCUGAACCAAAAGAAAGACAGGAUGGGAACUGCUGGUAAAGUUAUUAAAUGCAAAGCAGCUGUGUUGUGGGAACUGAAGAAGCCCUUCUCUAUUGAGGAAAUAGAAGUUGCCCCACCAAAGGUUAAAGAAGUUCGCAUUAAGAUUUUGGCCACGGGAAUCUGUCGCACAGAUGACCACGUGAUAAAAGGAGCAAUGGUGUCUAAAUUUCCAGUGAUUGUGGGACACGAAGCAGCUGGAGUUGUAGAGAGCAUUGGGGAAGGAGUCACCACGGUGAAGCCAGGUGACAAAGUCAUCCCUCUCUUUCUGCCACAAUGUAGAGAAUGCAAUGCUUGCCGUAAUCCAGAUGGAAAUCUUUGCAUCAGAAGCGAUGUUACUGGUCGUGGAGUACUGGCUGAUGGCACCACCAGAUUUACAUGCAAGGGCAAACCAGUCUAUCACUUUAUGAACACCAGCACGUUUACUGAGUACACAGUGGUGGAUGAAUCUUCCGUGGCUAAGAUUGAUGACUCAGCUCCUCCUGAGAAAGUCUGUUUAAUUGGCUGUGGAUUUUCUACUGGAUAUGGAGCUGCUAUUAAAACUGGCAAGGUCAAACCCGGUUCCACUUGCGUUGUCUUUGGUCUGGGAGGAGUUGGCCUAUCAGUCAUCAUGGGUUGUAAAUCAGCUGGUGCAUCGAGGAUCAUUGGGAUUGACCUCAACAAAGACAAAUUUGAGAAAGCCAUGGCUGUAGGUGCCACUGACUGCAUCAGCCCCAAGGACUAUACAAAGCCCAUCAGUGAGGUGUUGUCAGAAAUGACGGGCAACACUGUUGGGUACAGCUUUGAAGUUAUUGGGCGUCUUGACACCAUGAUCGAUGCCCUGGCAUCCUGCCACAUGAACUAUGGGACCAGUGUGGUGGUUGGAGCACCUCCAUCAGCCAAGAUGCUCACCUAUGACCCGAUGCUGCUCUUUACAGGACGCACCUGGAAGGGAUGUGUUUUUGGAGGUUGGAAAAGCAGGGACGAAGUCCCAAAACUGGUAACUGAUUUCCUGGCAAAGAAAUUUGACCUGGACCAGUUGAUAACUCAUGUUUUACCGUUUAAAAAAAUCAAUGAAGGAUUUGAACUGCUCUAUUCAGGGCAAAGCAUCCGAACUAUCCUGACGUUUUGAGAUCACAAGCGGCAGGAGGUCUGUGUUGUGUGAUGUGACCUGGAGUCUCCCUUUUUGCAAUUCCCUCUUUUGAGGUCACAAUCUGUCUCACAAAUAUAAGCAGAAGUAGA